CUUCUUAGUUUGCCCUCAGCUCUCGAGGGUAUGGGUACCCGCGAUGAGAAAUCAACGGACUUUGACCGAUUUGCCACUCGAAGUCCUCGAUCUUAUAUUUAAGAACCUACGAAAUCUGAGAGACAAACUCCGACUGGCGCAGGUCCAUGAACAUCUGGGGCAGGCGUUUUCCUACCACAGCGGCAGUGAUUACAGGAGAUUCUCCCCAAAAAUACAUUUUCCGGUUCGGCUGUAUCGUGUUCUCUUGGCGGAAUGCGGUCCCUCAAUUGUGGAGUUCACCUGUGGGUCGGACACUUGGAGCGAUCUGCUGGCCAAAUCGAUAGCCAAGUACUGUCCCAACCUGGAAUCGGUGAACAUCAGUGUUACACUGAGGAACAGUAACAGCGUCCACUCCUUCCUGCUGAACAUGGCGGAAUCCUUAAUUUCGGUGGAGCUAAAACUCAACGACAGUUGCCAGUCGCCGAGGAUCCUCAAUGCCGUGGCAGAACUGAAGAACUUGAGAAAAUUGUUGUACGAAGGAUACAUCGACAGGGGAGUAAACCAGCUGCACAAAUUAGUAGCUCUUGAGGAGCUGAGGCUCGACUAUCAAGGAAGGGGAUACCGAUGCAGAGCGGUUAAUCUCCUCCAGAUUUGCGGCCAGAUGACAAAUCUCCGGUGCCUGGCAGUGAGCAACAUUUGCAUAUCUCCACCGGAUGGGUUUCAUCCCAUGAUAUGGCCAAACCUGGAUGAUUUCAAAAUGCACAACUGCGAAAUCUCCACAGCAUUACCCGACUGUCCAAAGCUGAGAACCCUGUACAUAAAGUUUUGCAAGUGCAGAAUAAGGGGAUACGUGUGCAGCUUUAUUUUGAAGAAUGGCAAGAAUCUGGAGGAAAUAGACGAGAGUUGUGAGCCGGCACCUUUCGACGGGCCCAGUUUCCUCCAAGUGAUACGAACCUGUCAGAAGCUGCAACUAUUCUCCACUCCCUUGGGUGGUAUUCGGAUCUACCAGGCAUUCGUUACCUCCUUAGUGGACAUUCUUAGGGUUAAUGCAGCGGCGCGAAAGGAACCCUUUGAGCUGAUACUGUACUGCCGGGAUAAGCUGAGAUGGUUCCGACGAUUUCUACAGCGGACAGCGUAUCCUGAAGUGAUCCAUACGCUGUAUCUGUACAAGUUCUGAUGAUUGGAAAAUGUAUGAUUUUAUUUUGUUUCACUUCAACCAUCCAGUUCCUUUCAAAAUGUUUAAAAGUUUUAAGGUUUAAAUAUGUAUUAAAUGUAAAAUAAUUUUAAGCAAUAUUCAUUUUUUAUAGAAAGUGAUUUUUGUAAAACAAAAUGUAUUUAUUUACUUGUUUAAAGUUUUCCAAA